AUGUCGGACUACGUUCCGCUGGCAGCCCAGGCGCGGGUGAACCUGACCGGUGACGCCACAACGACGGCCGGCGUCCGCCCCACCACCAUUCCGGCAGUGACGCUGCGUCUGAUUUACGAUCUAGAUGCGUUGGCUACAAUUCCCGUCGACCCUGACAUUCCGCCGCCACCUGUAGGCGAUCCCCAAAAGCGACGUCCUAUCGAGCCGGAGGAGGACUCCUCGUCUAGCGAUGAGGAGGAGGAACCCCAGCCCGGCCCGGGACCUAGACGCCAACGUCGGCCGCUCACUCGAGCCGAGAGGGAUCGAAGAGAGAUAGAGGCGGCGUUGGCCGAGGACGAACCCGAGGAUAGGCUGCACGCGAGCGUCCCGCGAGGAGAGUUUACGGCGGCUGAGUUUGUGGUCGAGGAUCUGAAGAACAGCGACACCGAAGUGCUGACAGCCAAUGCCCUUCGCCACACGGAGACGCUCGAGGAAGGGUCGUCGCUGCGGCAGUACAUAUCGUGGAUACUAGACUACAAGCGGUGGGCGGUGGAUGCUCUUCCAGCGCGAGAGACCCUCAUCGAGGCAAUGAGGAGCGAAGAGGGCAACACCGCCAUGCGCACGCAGCCGAUCAAGCCUUGCACGGUCAACAUGCUACUCGGCCGCAUCAAGGCCCUUCAGAUGGCGGCCAAGGUAGAGGCGACCCUGUACAAGGAGAAGGAGCUGCACAUCAUGCAGGACAUCUCGGUCGUCCGGACGGAAGUGCGCGUCAUGGUUCGCGGAAAGAACAAAGCCGACACCAACGUACGCGAGAUCACGCUCGCCGACAUCUUUCUGUACCGCCUUGCUAGCGGGUCGUCGGUGAACCCUGACAACCAGCCAAUGGUCAUGGUCAUCGCGCAGCGCAACUCGAAGACGUGCAAGGACGCCCGUCUUCAUCACAGCUACGCGGCGAGGCACUUAGAGGCGGAACUGUGUGCUGUGGGCGAUACAAUCCUCUGGCUGCACUUCAUCUACGACCAGGUCCCCCAGAUCUUCGGCGUCCCCAUAAUUCCGCCGCUGGACGUACGCCGACCGGAGCUUUGGUACGACAAGCAUCUCUUCUUCGCCCACUACGACAAGGAUCAGGGUUUGCUGCCGUCGUCGAGCCAGCAACGAAUCACUCGGCAGCUGUGGACGGCCAACAAGGUUUUCAUCAAGCGCAACGUGCACGCCGCUCGCGCCGGCGGGGCACAAGAGCUGGCUGACCAAGGCACGCCGCGCGCCGAGAUAGCCGAAUUGGGUCACUGGGCUAUUGACAAGAUGACGAGGAGUUACAUCACUUCAAUUCCAGUCGGGGUGGUGAUGAGGAAGGCCGGCUACUCCGGAGUCCGAAGCGACUACUUCCUGGGCCGCAGCAGGCUACCUCCCAGCGCAGACCUCGAAAAAACCAUCGCCGCGCACAUAUUUCCCGGCGUCGAGGAACAGUUGGGGGCGGCGUGGGCGAAGGACAUCGAGAAGACUGACAACGAGACGAUCGCCAAGCGCCGGUCGCCGAUCCCGACCCAGCCAGCUGAAAUCUCAGCCCGCCUGGACGCCGAAUUUCAAGUCGACCUUCUGAACGAGACGCUGGCCCACGAGAGGCACAAAGCGACGCUCAAGCAGAUGAAGGUGGAGAAGGAGCUCGAGGAGGCGCGUGCUGCUAUCGCGGCGAGGGACGCCGAGAUCGCCCGGCUGAUGGAGGAGCUCAAGAUCUUCGAGGCACGUAGGGCGCCAGCGCCACAGGCGCCUUCUAGGCCGACGACCCUGGAAGAGGAGGCAGCUGCGGCCGCUAAGCAAGCUCAGUUGGACGCCGACGCUCACUACGAGGCCCUGGUUGUCGACCCAUGGAGAAGGGCCGAGACUGUGGCAGAGGCCUGGCGCUUCUGGAACUGCCCCACCACCACGGACCGCCGGCGUCUCUGCGACAGGAUCAACGAGCCAAGUUUCAUCGGGCGGCACAGCCUCCUGGGCAAGUCGUCGGCCAACGCAAAACAGGGUGAGAUGCGCCGAAUGAGGAGGGCGAUGGAGGCCGUGCGCCGCUUCCGCUCGUCAGACGGAGAGGCCGACACCGCCGCCGUCAUCAAGAAACUCGACGAGCUCGCUGCGUCGGGAAUUGUGACCUUCUGCGAUGCUCUGAAGAUCAUCGACGCCGACGCGCUUCCGAUACGCACGGAGGGGAACUUGGGCAUCAAGGGGCUUUCUAAGGGUGAAAAGCCCAAGCUGACGGUUGCUUGGGGACUGGUGGCGGCGGGAUACAUGACGCACAAGUGGGGCGAGGACAUGUUCCCGACCACGUGGGAAGAGCAGAAAGCUGUGGCGGCCGAAGCGGCCGCGGAGCAGGCCGCUGGAAGACCGCCGCCGCUGCCGACGAAGACGUCCAAGCGUCGGAAGCCGGGCUGA